AUGUUGGAACUACGUCUUGUUCAGGGAAGUCUGCUGAAGAAAGUUCUAGAAUCGAUUAAGGAUCUGGUGAACGAUGCGAACUUUGAUUGUUCCGCCACUGGAUUCUCUCUGCAAGCCAUGGACUCCAGUCACGUGGCUCUGGUGGCGCUGCUGCUCCGAUCUGAGGGUUUUGAGCACUAUCGUUGUGACCGGAACAUUUCAAUGGGCAUGAACCUUACUAACAUGGCGAAAAUGCUCAAAUGUGCUGGAAAUGAUGACAUCAUCACCAUCAAGGCUGACGAUGGCAGUGACACCGUCACUUUCAUGUUUGAAAGCCCCACCCAAGACAAGAUUGCUGAUUUUGAGAUGAAGCUAAUGGACAUUGACAGUGAGCAUCUUGGGAUUCCUGAAGCAGAGUACCAUGCUAUUGUUAGAAUGCCUUCUGCUGAGUUUGGUAGAAUUUGCAAAGACCUUAGCAGCAUUGGAGAUACAGUUGUUAUUUCGGUGACUAAGGAAGGUGUGAAAUUCUCAACCAGAGGUGACAUUGGUACUGCUAAUAUUGUUUGCAGGCAAAAUACAACUGUUGACAAGCCUGAAGAAGCCACUGUUAUAGAGAUGAAUGAACCAGUGUCAUUGACAUUUGCCCUAAGAUACUUGAACUCCUUUACAAAAGCAUCUCCAUUGUCGAACACAGUGACCAUCAGCUUGUCUUCAGAGCUUCCUGUUGUUGUUGAGUACAAGAUUGCUGAGAUGGGUUAUGUAAGGUAUUACCUGGCACCUAAGAUAGAAGAGGAUGAAGAGGAAACCAAGCCUUGA